CAUUAUUAUUGUUGAAUUGUACCUGUUACAACAUUCACACUGCAUUAGAUUAUAGAUAGCAUUCUAGAAUCAAAGUCCGUAGAUUUUCGAAUCGAGGCCCUCUUUCGUCUGUGUCAAGACUAUGUUUUUUUGGUUGCUGAGAAAACUUUUCAAGUAUAAAAGACAAAAGAAAGGACAAGCUCGAAAAUUAUUUUAGCUUCGGUAGCGUUUUGCGGUUUGUUCGACUUGAACUUUUGCAUUUGGUUCUCAGGAACGAAACAGUGCGCAAGCGUUAUCUCUGUUUGUGACCCAUUCUAGUUUCAUUACAUACUUCUUGUUGGAGGGAUAAGAAUUAUGUUUAAAAUAAUUUAAGCAUCAUCGCAGCCUUUUUUCUCAACAGGUUCGCUUGCUUUUUCAAGUUCUGUAUUGUUUGGUUGGUGUUUGAUCCUUGCAAAUAUGAAUGACCUUAUGACGAAGUCUUUCCUGAGUUACGUGGAACUCAAGAAACAGGCCAUGAAAGACCUUGAUGCAGAGCCGGACAUCGAGAUGGGAAAACUUAAUCCCACUGAUGAACAGAAUCUCUCACUGUUUUUCGAAGAAGUGGCCGGAAUCAAGGCUGAUAUGGAAGAAAUCACCAAUCUUCUUCUUAACCUUCAAGACCUGAAUGAAGAGACCAAGUCCACUCACAGCGCAAAAGUUGUUCGAGGGCUAAGAGAUAGGAUAAACUCAGACAUGGUCACCAUUCUUCGGAAAGCGAAAAACAUCAAAGCAAGACUAGAGACGCUCGAUCGUUCUAACAUAGCUAAUCGCAAGGUCUCGGCAGCAUACAAAGAAGGAAGCCCGGUUGAUCGAACAAGGAUGUCGGUGACGAAUGGUUUGAGAAUUAAACUGAAGGAAAUGAUGAAUGAUUUCCAAUCAUUGAGAGAGCGGAUUGUGAAAGACCACAAAGAAGGUCUUAAAAGGAGGUACUAUGCUGUGACUGGAGAGGAACCAAGCGAGGAAGAUAUUCAGAAGAUGAUUUUGGGAGGUGGGCAGGUGAAAGUCUUUGAAGGGAAGGCAGAUUUGGCAAUGGAGAAUAAGGAACGGGACGAGGCUUUGAAGGAUAUACAGAGGAGCUUGACAGAGCUCCAUCAAGUCUUUCUGGACAUGGCAGUUUUGGUGGAAACACAAGGCGAGAAGAUCAACGACAUCGAAGAGAAUGUGGUUCGCGGUGGCGUCGACAUUAGGGGCGGAACCAAAGGGUUGUUUGAAGCUGAGCAGUUGAAGAAGAGUAGAAGGAAAUGGCUUUAUUGGAUGGUUGGUUUGGUGCUGGCUCUGUUCUUGGUAUGCAUCCUUUUCAUCAUAAUAUUUUGAACUCCUCUCCCGAGUUCAAAAAAUGACUAGAAUGCGUGAUUCUGAUUGCUGGGAUGGAAGAAAAGUAUGGGACGUUUGUCGUGUGUAUGGUGGGAUAUCAGAAUAUGAGGGAUGUUUGUAUUGGGUCUUGCACUCUGAUACUUGUGUCAUUUGGACGGCUAUAUGUGAUGAUAUCUCUUCAUCUUCGAUUUGGAUUUUGUGGAUGGUGGUGUUCUUCUUCUGAGGAGGCUUGUUAAUUGGGUGUUUCUUUCUCUAUUUUUUUCUUUUUGGUUGCCGAUGAAAAAAGCACAUUAAAUUGAGACUCCUAAA